AUGCGAUGGCGGUCCCUGCUGCGCUACGCCGUGUUCGCUUCCAUCACGUCCGUCGUUCUGACGAGCGUGCUGCUUCUGCGGCGGCCUGAGGGCUUUCUCAGGGACAAGGCAGCCGGCUACUUCGACUACUUCUGGAACCAAACGCCGACGCACCCCAUCGACCGGCUCAUCACCGAGGCGCACGCGCAACAUGAGAAGCUGCUGGCUGGACACCGGAGUCACAACAUCAGCUCAGCGGCGGAGCGAUACCGUCAAAGGAGGGGCCGCCAUCCACCUCCCGGAUUCGACGCCUGGAUGCAGUAUGCGCUCGACCACGAUGCCGUCGUCGUCGAGCCCUUCUUCGAUCGCAUAUACCACGACGUGAAUCCCUUCUGGGCGCAGGCGCCACAAAUCACUGCGCUCCGCGCCGCGUCGUGGUACCACGUAGUCAGAGUGCGCGACGGCAAGGCCCACGGAGUAGGCAACACGGAACACAAGGUGGCCUGGCUCAAGCACUGGACAGACCUGGUGGCCGAGGCCGCGCCUCACCUCCCCGACGUCGACAUGCCCAUCAACUACAUGGACGAGUCGCGACUGCUGGUGCCGUGGGAGGACAUCGACCGGUACAUAAAGAAGGAAGAAAGUGGCCGGUCACUGCCACCCAAAGAAAAGGUCAUUAAGACGUACAUCGGGCUCGGCGACCUCGACGCCGUGUUAAACGACACUAAACCUUAUGACCCAGCCUGGGUGCGGCCAGGCAAGGACAGCUACUGGAACCUAGCGCGCGCCGCCUGCGCACCGACCUCGCCCGCGCGCGAAGUGAAACCCAUCGCCAACUUUACGGAGCCGCCGCUAUUUGCCGAGGACUGGCAGCCCGAGUUCUCAUACCAGGGCUAUGUGCGCAACUUUACGGCUUCGAUGGACGCAUGCACGCAGCCGCAUCUCCGUGGCAUGCACGGCACCUUCAUCGAACCGAUCAGCAUGUCCACGAGCGAAGAGCUGAUCCCGCUGUUUGGCGGCUGCAAGCUGCCCAUGAAUAAUGAGAUUCUCAUCCCGGGCGCCAUGUACCUGACCGACGACCCCUUCUACUCGGGCGGCGACACGCAUGGCCCGCCUUGGGCCGAGAAACUAAACGGUGUGGUGUGGAGGGGGGUUGCGUCGGGGGGCAGGCACAAGAAGGAGAAUUGGUCGCAUUUCCAGCGGAUUCGACUCGUGCAGAUGCUCAAUGGCACUACCGUGUCGGCCAUGGAAGAGAACAACAGCCGCGCCCCGACCUUCGAGAUGCCGCCCCUGGGAACGUAUGACAUCCAGCGCCGGCGGAGCGGCACCCUGGGCACCUGGCUGACGCAAUUCGCCGACGCCGGCUUCAACAACCUGCUCUGCUUCCCGGCCGGCGAAUGCGCCUAUGUAGACCCUUACUUCUCCGAGGUGGAGAGCAUCCCUAUGGCAGAGCAGUACCGGUUCAAGUUCAUGCCCGACGUCGAUGGGAAUAGCUUCAGCGCCCGGUACCGUGGCUUUCUGCUCUCCACCUCCCUACCCAUCAAGUCCACCAUCUACGCCGAGUGGCACGACGACCGGUUGGUUCCAUGGCUGCAUUUCGCGCCCAUGGACAAUACGUUUCAGGACUUGUACGGGAUUUUGGAUUACUUCACGCGCGACCAGAAGGGAGAUGAUUCGGCAAGAUUCAUUGCGGAGAUGGGGAGGGAAUGGGCGGCCAAAGCACUCAGACGGGAGGAUAUGUUGUUGUAUGUUUGGAGACUGCUCUUGGAGUUUGCGCGGGUUUGUGAUGAGAAUCGGGAGAGUUUGGGGUUCGUGGACGAUUUAUGA